UUAGUCAUCCAAUCAAUGCCAUUUAUUCAAUUUCCUUCCUUCUUCCCCAAGACGUAAAGGGUCGUCGCCAGUCAAACCGCCUGAUUCUGAGCCUUUUCCUCUAUAACGAAGAAGUUUCCUUUCCCAACUCCUUGCUAGCGAAGGCAGAUACUUUGAUUGUGCAUUGAGAUCUUGCUGUAUGGCCUAUAUACCUCCACACAAACGUCAUUCAAGGGAUAUGGAGAAGGCUUCUCCUACUGCAGAGUUACUUGUUCCUCAAUUCAACAGAAAAUUGAAUCUGAGGCCAAAAUUCACCCAAAAAUCGGAUUUGAAGCCAUCUAAAUCUGAAGUGGACAGGAGUGGAAAGAUAGUCUAUGCUCAUCAGGCUGUACUUAAAUGGUUUAGCAUUGGUAGUUCUGGUAAUGGUAACCAGUUUCCCUCUUGUGUUCAUCUUGAGCCGUUUUCUGCGACGUCCAUUGAGCAUAAAAGGGGUGAAAAACCCCUAGCUUUGGUGAACACUAAUAUAUCUCAAGGAAAUAGAGAAGAGGAAGUAGAAAUCGUAACAGAACCAUGGGUAUCUAUUGUAGAAAAUCUACUGCCUGACUUACUAUCAUCAGUCGAACAUGUGAAGAAUGAAAUGAAUCAAGAUGAAGAUGUGAAGCCAAGAUUGGUCGCUAGGGUUGGAAAAGUUCUUUUUCAUGGGGUCUCUGAAAUUGAUAGAAAUGAGCCGCCUACUGAAACAACACUGAGACAGUUAAGGAGAUCUUUUUAUACAAAUAUCUCUGACACUUACAUGGAAAACAUUACACAAAAAGUUAUUCCAUUAACUGGACUAGUGUUUGUAGAGGAGAAAGAUAUAUAUCAUGUGAAGUUGUCGGAUGCAGAGCGACCAUCCGUGACCAUAUCAUGUAAAUGCACUGUUGUGCCAGAGUUGAAUAAUCUUGAACUUUAUAAGGUUGAACUCAACCAAGUGCGCCAUAUGGUGGCGGAUAUCUCGUGCCUGAAACAGAAUAUGGAUAUGAGGCUGAUGCUAUGCUCCAAGAAGACUUCAGAAAAGCUGACAGUUGAUGAGAUGGAAGGCAUAGCAUAUCUUAUAAACUCUGCUGUUUUAGACCAAGAUGUGAAGGGGGGCUUAAGAUGGCCUCUGGGAAAAGCAUCCUCUGGGGACAGAUUCAGAGUUGUUGGAGUUUGGCAUACUGUUGCCAAGUCUUAUGUAAAUGCAUUUAUGAGGCUCAAACUAAGAAAUGCCGACCGAUACGAUUUCAAGACUUCGGUUGGAGAAGCGACAAAAGAGAUUACUUUGAAGCUGAAACAAUUUACUUCCGAACUACUUAGAGAGGAAGCUGAGUUUGAUGUGAUCUCUGAUAUGCUUAAGGACCACCUGAAGCUGUUUUGGAACCACUUUGUAUGCAAUGCAUCCUGUUCAUCCCCUUCUGAUACAACAUGAUGYGAUUUUGAGACCCUGAUGAUGAUAGGCUCAUUGUGCAACUUUAACAUAAGGCCAGGUUUUCAAUCCUAGUGUGUGAAUUUUGGGGGCUUUGUUUGCCCAGUUAAUAUGCUUGAUGUUGUAUUUUUAUUUUUUUCAGCUUAAACUUUUGUGUAUUGAAAUUGAUGGUCCUUUUUGGUGAGAAAACUGCUUCAUGUACAUACUUUCGGAAAGUAUUUYGAAUAGUUAAGUUCAAAGAACAUAGUUCUCUGGUAAUACAAUUAGAAGAACUCGUCUUGAUAAUA